AUGCGGCUGAAAAGCGCGACUAGGAGUAGGAGCGGCAUCCUCACAGCAAGCGCGAGCAUCCGCAGCGAAUGCAGGAAUGUCUCUCAGGUGAGCAAACCACCCACCCAGGAAGCCUACAAAGAGUUUGGAGAGUUUCUGUGGAUGGUGAUGCUCCGCCUAGACAACCGUGUCCUCGGCCAAGCCUUUAAGGUGCUGGGCAACUCUGAUAUUACCACCGACUGCUUCGAGGGGUAUCUCCUGCAUCACAGCCUCAAGUACACCGAAAUUGUGGGCGGCCAAUUCCCCCGUCUUGAAAAACCACUCGGGUUUGACGACAUAGGCGACUACCCCGUCCCAUAUACACACAUGAUCAAGCUCGUGGACGACGUCUGGGAGGAUGCAAAGCGGGACUCGCGUGGAGAGCCCCCCUUACAUUACUGCACACGUGAAGAAACACGCCUCGUCCACGACUUUUGCCGGACUCUUGCCUGCCGAGCCGAGAAGGAAGUCUUCUCCGGGGAGCCAAACGUGCACGAGUUGCAGGAGCAGGCGCGUCUGUUUGGCGCUAAGUGCUGGACCAGGUUCUUAGGUCUGCACUCCAGCAACCUCACCAUUCUGAUCGAGGAGCAAUCUAGCUCAUAUGCUACACCAGUCGUUCCAUGCACUGAUUUCUUCUCCAACGCUUCCUUGACGAAGUGUGCCAGGAGCCUCGAGUUGGCGCAGGAGGUGGCUGAUGCCGGGGGGCUGCCGCAGUUCCCUGAUCACGGCGGUCUAGUUGCUCUCUACAACUUUGAGAAGAAACAUGCUUACCAGCUGUUGCUAAACUGCCUCAAGCACAUUGAUAAAGGAUAUGACGAGCGCAAGCUAUUGUGGUCGUCCUUCGAGAACCAGCAUUUCUACACUGUCGAUGUGCAAGUGCCGGGUCUCUCGUCGCUGGAUCAAGUGCAUGUUGAAAAACAUGGACGGGGUGUACUUGUUUCCACGGAGAUGGACGUUUACCGCCCCGAGAAGCUUGUUGUUCCUCCUUACGCCAACGUCGACGGUUUAAUAGCUAAUCUGCAGGAUGAGAUUCUCACCAUUCGCCUUCCCAAGGGGGCCGCUGCGCUCGAAGGGACAACCUCGACAGUGCCAAUUGAGGACCGUGACGAGGCCGAGCUGGACACGACCACGAGCAAACGUCUCCAGGCAGCUAUUGUAGAUGACAAGCAUCACCACAUUCUUCGUGUCGAAGCUCCAGGCGUGUCGCGAGAGGAAGUGAUUGUGGACAAUACAGGGCCGGAACUCGUCGUUAAGACCACUGCCAACGUCUUCCAGCAAACAAAGUUUAAGCUUCCCUCCAGUGCUGACGUGAAGCAGGCGAGAGCGUCUUUCUGGAACGGCUUGCUUAACAUUCGCGUUCCCAAGAGUGCAACGGACACUCGCGAGCUGGACACGACCACGAGCAAACGUCUCAAGGCAGCUAUUGCAAGCAUCACCACAUCUUUUGUGUCGAAGUUCCAGGCUUGUCGCAAGAGGCUUGUCGCGAGAGGAAGUGAUUGUGCCACAUAACGUCUUCCAGCAAAGGAAGUUUAAGUUGACCGUC